UUACCUGUUCAAAUGGCUUCCAAAGAUGUGACCAUUCGGAAGCAAUCAACCAAACCUAUUCCCAGAUGGUAUUUCGGGGGACUGGCCAGUGCGAUGGCUGCGGGGAUCACGCAUCCGCUGGAUUUGGUCAAAGUGAUCAUGCAGGUUUUCAGUGGUUCAUGGAUCCGGAUUGUGGCUUUUCGUCUCAUCACUUUGGAUGUAAAACCCUUCCGUCAUGUGCAGGAAACUCCUGGAGAGAAAAAUCCCACUUUCAUCCGGGUAGCAAUCCGCGUGCUUCAGUCAGACGGUCUGUUGGGGCUGUACAAUGGGAUCUCGGCAUCGUUGCUUCGUCAGGUCACCUAUUCCUUGCCUCGUUUCGGGCUGUACGAGGUGUACAAGAACUCAUUCGGUCAAUCCAGACAAGUCACGUUUUACGAACAGCUCGGUGCAGCCGGUGUAUCCGGAUUCAUUGGUGGAGUGUGUGGUCAACCGGCUGAUCUGAUCAACGUGCGCAUGCAAAACGACAUGAAGCGACCACCGGCCGAACGUCGUAACUACAAACAUUGUUUUGAUGGUCUUAUCCGCGUCUAUAGACGAGGCGGACUAGCAGAAUUGUACAGCGGAGUCACUAUGAUGGCCGGCCGUAGUGCUUUGAUGACCGUCGGACAGGCGGUUGGGUACGACCAGUGGAAAAGAUUUCUUCUGUGGACAGGAUAUUUUGCCGAUGUGCCCUCUACCCAUAUGUGCGCUGGAGUUGGUGCCGCGGCAGCCGCUGUCCUUCUCACCCAACCGUUUGACGUGAUGAAAACGCGAAUGCAAAAUGCACCACCGGGCCACUACUCUGGUCUUUUAUCUGUGGCCAAGGACUUGAUGACCGGGGGGAUUCGAACCCAGGCGCCAAAUGUUAAUGGAACUACAGCACAACCGACGCUCAUUCUGGCGAAUCAGUCUCUCACGACUAGGAUAUUCUCUUUUACUGCAUUCUUUAAAGGAAUAACUCCUGCAUUUGUACGGAUUGGACCGCACACAAUUUUACUAUUCAUAUUUAAGGAGCAGCUGACCAUCUACAUUGGUUAUCGAAGAUCCACAUGA